GUCCAACAGUUGCACCUGCCAUCGUCAUACCAAGUAAUUAGGCGCUACCUUCUCGACGCAGUCCAAAUACUCGACCAGCGCAGGAAAUCUGGCAGAAGCCUGAGUGUCGUUGAUUACAGUAUCAUACUUGGCUUUGCGCGCUGGCUUGGUCUGAAAAACAUUGCUGUCACCUUCUGGAAAUUGAUGCAAGCCGAAAAUGUUGUACCAGAUCUCAGGUGCUACAACAACUUUCUGGGUGCUAUCGUCUCGAACCUCCGUCACGAUCCAGAUGCUAGACAGAACCGCCGAGUGACCAGUUUCGGAAUUCAAGCGCGCCGUAAGCCCAAUCUUAGCCUAAGGUUCGCUGCCUAUCAUGUAGGCAUUGGAGGCAUCAAAGACAGUGCAUUGCAACUUCACCGCGAGAUGCUGAAGAGCGAGAUUGUGCCAGACGAAGAAACGUUUCGUCUUCUGAUCCUGGGUGUUGGCCGUGAAGGGGAUCUCGAUACUGUCAAGAAGCUCUUGAGGCAAGUGUGGAGAAUCGACGUUGAUGCUAUCGUUGAUGGUCUGGAGGAAGAACAUUCGAGUUAUGAGCUUGAUGUCUUACCGACAUCUCCUCUUCACCCUACGCCUUUCUUGGUAUAUGCCGUCGCACACGUUUUCAGUAUCAACAACGAGAUCCCAGCCGCUCUGAAGCUUGUCGACCAUAUAUCGCAGACCUACAACGUCAAGGUUUUCGACUACGUCUGGCAUGAGUUGCUGAACUGGACCUUUGUACUUUCACUCCCUCGCCAAGCAUCGAAGAAUGAACAAGUCCUCCUACCGAAAGCCAGUGUACAAAAGCUUUGGGAAGUUAUGCGAAACGAACCUUACAACGUGCGCCCGACAAUGGACAUGUACAACAAACUGAUCAAAAGCCUCUUCCGCCAACAAAAGACCCGAGAUAUGUGGCAUUACAUGUGCGAAGCGUUACCAUUGUACGAGGCGAUACGCAAGGAGACUCGAUAUCUGAACAAGACCCUAAAUCGAGUGCUCAAGUUGUCGCAGCCAGUUGGAACGCUCCAGCAGAAGUACAACCGCAGUAGACUCAACGAAAAAGCUUCGCGCCUGUUCCUCAAGCGCUGGGUGCGUCUCCUGCUAGGGAGCAUGCGGUCAUGGCGUAGAAUUGAUUGCAGUCUUCACUGGAGUACUAGAGUCAUACCCAAGGUGAUUCUCGCGUGGCAGGAUUUCAUGCCUAGCAAUGUGUGGUACGACAUUGAUGCAGGCAGAGUGAGCAUAGUCUUCCGUGCGAACGAGGAGAAAAAAACAUAUCAAGGAAGAAUUAUGAAGGCAAUGGACACGAACGAUAGGCUCGCGAGCAAAUACAACCGUCUGCCAGGACAAGAUGGUAAUCGCUAUGUGUUAACACGCCGUCAAAACAGAGCGGUGGUCAAA